AUGACACUGAAUUUUUUCAAAUUUGAAUGCGAAGAUACGGCGUGUAAAUAUCGUGAGCAACCACAUUUACACUGUGGACACAAACGGUUUGUGACGUCUUCUAUCCCUAUUGCUCAUCUCAUUUCAGAUAGUUGUUCUCGACCAUUCUGUAAACUGAAAAAGAAAACUCAUUUUCAUUGCAAAAUUUGUGAUCAGGGUUUCUCUAAUAGUACAAAACUUCUGAAUCAUACUCAUCGUGCGUCAAGACUCAGAAGAACUCUCGAUACAAAACCAGUUUUGAUGAAACCGGAGGAUUCAGCUCCAAGAGAUUUUUUCGUUGUCAGAGAGCCUAUCAGAUUUACGAUGGAAGAGCAUUUUGGAGGAACUACUUCAAAGGAAAAAUAA